AUGACCGGCGAGGACCUCCCAGCUGAGUUUCAGGGGCUGUCGGGUGGACUUUUCUGUGAAAACCUAUUUAUGUUUUGUCUCGGUGUGGUUAUCCUCUGCUCCACUGGUGUGACAUCUCUGGGAAUCAUGAAUUCCCUUACAAACAAUUACCUUCAGGUGACGAAUGACCGAAAUGUGAUGUACUAUUACUCACAAAACGGCACCGUGGAGCCGAGUGCUGUAUUGCUGAUCCCAGAGUUUGUCGUUGAGGUUGGAAUGCUGUAUUUCACGAUUGGUGCAAUGUCGUUCUCCCGAAAACAAUGUAAUGUACUCCCGCUGCCGCCGUUUUCUAGUCAGGAGGGGCCAAUGCAACUGGUUCUCUCUGAAGACAUUAGUCGUGCCUAUCUAAAAGUUAGAAAUGAUGCACUUCAGUUUGGGUACGCAGCUGCAGAGACCUGCGGAGGUUAUUUUGCUUCCAAAAUCAUGCAUAAAAGUCGUUUUGUCUUUGCUGCAACGAUCAUUGGGACUCUGUGUGGAUUGGGCAUCAUUAUUCUGGCGUCCAUUUUUUUGUUUCACCUGAAAACGAGACACGAUAUGCUCAAGACACAAGUGUGUGUGAAGCAGAAAUAUCGUCUUGUGAGGCUUACUGGAGAGGAGGAGGAGCUAAAAAUCUUUAUUAGGUUACACGAAACCGAGAGACGCUUGGAACGUUAUGUGAUCCUUGUACUGUUUCUUCUUAGUGUCGUAGGAACAAUAUUUCUCGUCACUGCGGAGGUAGUGGAACGACACCUACGUGCAUCCGCAUUAAAAUGUGGCAGAUCCUUCUGCGGGGUGUACGAGGAUGCCAUGAGCAGUUUUUUACAGGUUCUUGGAGCGAGUGGGCAUAGCUUCUCUUGCCACGUGGGGUACUCUUCUGUAGUGUUGUUUGUUGUUGCCAUUUUGAGCACCAUGCUAUUUUUAUUGGCUUUGUUGUUAGCUGCAGUCCAUUUCGUCAUGCGUCACACAUCUGUGAGGCUAGACCAUGUCGGAGAGGAAGAUGAAAAACGGUCAAGUGAUGGUAGGGAGCUGAGCUUCACAUGCGCGGGUAAUGCUCCUAUAGAUCUUUGUAGGUUCUCUAACGGUAGCAUGGACGUCACUAACCCUGUUGCGCAUCAUAGGGCCGCAAAAACUGCCUCAGAAGAGGAGAGAUACGGGGAUUAUUUGUUUGUUUAUUCCACUGAGACGGAAAGUGUUUUGGAGGAAGUGGUUGAGCCAGGGACUGUUAGGGAGGAUGUUUUUAAUGGCGAGCGGUGCGCGCUUUUAGAAAGAGAGGAAGCUGCACGUGUUGUUAUCUGUCGAGAGCAUGACUUUGUGUUUCGUACUCAGUUUUGUUGGGUAAAGGAAAAGCUUUGGCAGGGCGAGAUGCUCUGCAUGCUCCACCAGUAUUCUUUUAACUGGUACAUUGGGCGUAUGCUUGAUCUACAUGUGGAUGAAACAUACUCCAGACAGACGCUCUUGCGGAAGAGCAGUGAGAAGCUUUUGGGUAAAUUCCGUAAGCUGGAAAAGCGUUUUCACAUGUCUGAGCCUAUUUUGCGUAGUGUAAAGAAGGCAACUGCUGUGCUACAUGCAGCGUAUGACGGGAUGAUGCGUUCUGCGUCUCACUAUGCCGUGAAAGAUGAUAUCUGCCGCUACGGGUUCCCGACAGAUUGGUGGCUAAACAACGCUACCAAGGCUCUUGUUAACGUAGCCAUGGAUACAAAGCGUUAUGAACUUUGA